UUUUGGUGUAUAUAUAUAUACAUGAUCAGUUGAUUCAUUACUCAUUUGUUUUCUCUGACCUAGUUUUCUUCCAUAUCUCUAAUCUAAUACUAUAUUUCUCAAACCUUGUUUUUGUAAGUGAGAGCAAGAAGUUGAGAAUGGCUGUUGGCGUAGGGAUGGGUCCGGCCGGCGGGAAGGCAUACCCGGGAAAGCUCACUUUUAAAGUCAUGGUGACUUGCAUUGUUGCGGCUAUGGGUGGUUUGAUUUUCGGAUAUGAUAUUGGCAUAUCAGGUGGAGUGACAUCUAUGGCACCAUUCUUGAAGAAGUUCUUCCCGACUGUCUAUAAGAGGGAAGUACUCGAUGUUUCGACGAAUCAAUACUGCAAAUUUAACAGCCCAACAUUGACGAUGUUUACAUCGUCACUGUAUUUGGCCGCCUUAGUAGCUUCCUUUGUAGCUUCAACGGUGACUCGCAAGUUGGGAAGGAAGUUGUCCAUGCUUACCGGUGGAAGUCUCUUUUGUGCUGGUGCCAUUGUAAAUGGCUUUGCUCAAAAUGUGCCAAUGCUUAUUGUUGGCCGUAUGCUUCUUGGUUGCGGUAUUGGAUUUGCCAAUCAGUCUGUGCCACUUUAUCUCUCAGAGAUGGCUCCAUAUAAACAUCGUGGUCGACUCAACAUUGGUUUCCAAAUGUCCAUAACAAUUGGUAACCUAUCUGCUAACGUCCUAAACUACGUGUUUGCGAUGAUCAAGGGUGGUUGGGGAUGGCGUUUGAGCUUGGGAGGAGCGGUUGUUCCCGCCCUAAUAUUCAUCAUUGGCUCUGUCACCCUCCCCGACACACCAAACUCACUGAUCGAGCGUGGCAAACACGAAGAAGCUAAAAGAAGACUUCAAAUAAUCCGUGGCGUUGCCAAUGUUGAUGAAGAGUUGGAUGAUUUGGUCAUAGCCAGUGAUAAUUCAAAGAAAGUAGAACACCCAUGGCUUAACCUCUUAAAGAGAAAGUACAGACCCCAUUUGAUGUUUGCCCUUUUCAUUCCUUUCUUUCAGCAACUCUCAGGCAUGAACGUUAUCAUGUUUUAUGCUCCGGUUUUAUUCAAAACAAUCGGUUUUGGAGAUACUGCUUCUCUUAUGUCCGCUGUGAUCACCGGUCUUGUGAAUUGUUUGGCUACCAUUGUUUCAAUUGUUUGUGUGGAUAAGUUGGGAAGAAGAAUAUUAUUCUUUUGGGGUGGAACUCAGAUGUUUAUUUCUCAGGUUGUUAUAGCAGUUGCAAUUGGUUUAAAAUUCGGAAUACAAGGGAACCCAACCGAAUUGCCCAGGUGGUAUGCAGGUGGUGUGGUGGCAUUCAUUUGUCUAUUCGUGGCGGGUUUUGCAUGGUCAUGGGGUCCUCUCGGAUGGUUGGUGCCUAGUGAAAUCUUCCCCCUUGAAAUCCGAUCUGCAGCUCAGAGUAUCAAUGUGUCGACAAACAUGCUUUUCACAUUUUUCAUAGCUCAGAUCUUCUUACCAAUGCUGUGCAGCUUCAAGUUUGGUUUGUUCAUAUUUUUCGGUUUUUUUGUGGCGGUGAUGACUGUUUUUAUAUACUUGUUUUUGCCUGAGACAAAGAAUAUCCCAAUUGAAGAGAUGAAUCAAGUGUGGGCUAAGCAUUGGUAUUGGAAAAGAUUUGUUUCUGAUACUACUGAUCAAAGUUAUGGUAGAGGAGGCAUUGAGAUGGGCAAGGGAGACCAGUCUUGAAGUGAGUGUGAAUAUAAUUGCUUGAUUACGGUGUGCAAUGAACAAAGAAUUAAUGGGGCAUGAAGCUGUCCAAUAAUUUUGCGGGAUGUUGACAAUCAUUUAGAUUGAUUUUGGGUUUUUUAAUAUUGGUAGUUGUUCAUACACUAAGUUGUUUCAAGUGUCUAGAACCUUAUGUUUUGUUUUUUUACUUUCCCGUCUUAGUUAUAAACAAUUGUUUUUUGAUUUUCCUACUGAGAUUUCAAUAGUUUGCUAAAUUUUUUGAGUUGUAGAUUCACUUGAUGGGUUUUUCCUAAACAAAAUAAUCUGCAAGUAAAAUUUUCAUACGUAAAAUUUUAAAUAAAUUGAUGUAGUAGUGACAUUCUUGAACAGAGCUAUU